AUGUUGGUUGGUACAGUCUCAAUAUUGAACUUCGUAUCAAGUAAUUCUUUUUUGGAUUCCCCUAUCCUUGCAGUGAAUGGUUUAAUCCCAAACAGGCAUACUUCCGCAUCAAUGCCUUCUCUAUCUCUCUCUCUUAGUGAUAAAACAAUGAUACUCUCUCGUUUGGAUCGGUCGACAUCGAUCGUUGCAUUGGCACUUGUUGUUGCUGUGACUCGGGUAGAGAUGGAUAAACAACUUUAUCGUCAAUUAUCAAGGAAAUCGGAUAAUAAUAGUAAUAGUAGCAACGGUGACAACAGUCGAACUAGUAGUAGUUCUAGUAGCAGUAGCAGUGGAGGUGGUAGUUUAAUUGACUGUACAACAACAAAUUCAAUCAAGAAAAGAACUUUAACCUAUCCCUCUUCUUCAUCGUCAUCAUCGCCGUCACUAACAACCGCUCCUAAACAACAACAACAACAAGAGGACAAAAGUCAACCCGCGAUUGUCGUUGUAAAAAACAAACAAACGACCGAUUCAAUCGUCAAUAUCAAUAACAAUAAUAAUAAUAAUAAUAAUAAUAGACAUUCGAUAAAUUAUACAACCUCACAUUCCCUUUCAUCAUUGGAUCGUUUACCACCAUCACUAACAUCGUCAUCGCCAUCCACCAGUUUACAACAUAAACUUUAUUAUCAAUUGAUUCAACAAUUACAACAACAACAAUCACAACCACAACAACCAAAACAAUUGGAUCAAUUGGAACAACAACAACAACCAACAAACUUACUUUCAAAGUCCAAAUCAUCAUCUUCUUUAAAUCAAACACAAUUAUUGUUAAAGAAACAACAACAACAACAACAACAAGAAACUUUGGAAACCCAAAAACCAAACAAGAAAAAUACAUCAUCAUCAAAGAUCAAAGAAAAAGAAAUGAUUCAAGCAAGUGAUUUUUUUGACCAAUUGUUUGGGUUGUUGAAACAUAUCAUUAUCGAUACCAAGACAUUGUCAUCGAUAUCGACCAAUAGCAAUACUGAACAGUUGGAUAGGAUACUCACCGAUGCAGCAUCAUCGGUCAUCAAUAAUAUCUCACAUCUAGUUUCACUCUUGGAAGGGUGUCCCUACGAUGUCUCUCAUAUUGCCAACUACUAUACUCAUUUACUUGAAAGUACAAAUAAUUUACAUUCCCUCAUUUUAGAAUUAAUUGCUGCUUGUAGAGCAAUAAUAUUAAAUCCAUACGAUUUCUUAACUGGAAAUAAUUUCAAGACUGCAAAGUCACAUUCAAUUGAGAAUGUCAAAGUGGUAGCAAUGGCAUUGGAAAGUUUUAGAGAUAUGUUUUUCAAAGAUGAUCAACUUUUGGAAAAUGAACAACAACAACAAGAGACAUUGCAACAACAACAACCAUUAACAGUUCAAGUACCAGAAUAUCAACAUACUACAACUACUACGGAUAUUGGUGGAGAUAAAGAAGCUUUUAGUUCACCACAAGAACAAGUAUCAAUUAAUAAUCAUCAAAUCAAUAAUACAAGACCACAAUCACCAAAUUCAAAUUCUAUAACUGGUGUAAAGAGUAACUCUUUUAUAAGAGUGUCUACCGAUAAUGCAUUUACGCGAAAGAGUAGUGAUGCGACAUUGAAUCUACCCAAUUUUGCAACUGGUGCCGCAUCGGCGGCAUCGCCAUCAUCUACAUUGCCACCAGUUGUCCCACAACUUUCAUUGGCUUUGUCUGGAGGAGGAGGUGGAGGAGAUACGCAAACCCAGACACCGCGAAGACAGUCGAUUUCACCGAUUCAGGCAAUCAAUGAUUCAGCCGAAGCCAUUGAAAAGAGUUCAAUCCAACUCAUACUCAACGUCAACCGUAUCAUGGAGGCAUCGAUCGAAGGUGACUAUGACGCAUUGGUAGCAGCUGCCAAAGGCAUCUCCAACGAGGUUAUCCAUAUAGUACGCGACCUCAAACUCAAAAGUUUGGGUGUCAGUCUUAAAGAAGCUGUUGUCAAUGUGAUAUCAUUGUCAAAGCUUGUACUAAAGAAUCGUAAUGACCAAUACUAUCUCGAUCAGUUGGAAUUGGCUGUCUCCAAAGUCAACGAAAUCAUCAAAAAGACAAUCUAUGCAGUCAAACAUUUCUCAACUACCACUAAUAAUAUAACUGUACUUGGAUUAGAUGAGAAUGAACAAGACAAUAAUAAUAAUAAUAACAAUAGUAAUAAUCAACAACAACAACCAUUGUCACCAUCAUCAACCACAUCUUCAUCAGGUACACCUAGUCUUGUUGAAGAAGAACAAUUAAUACAAAGUGUAUCUGAUGAUAAUACAUCUACAACAGUCUCUCCAACCAUUGUAUCUACCUCUUCUACAGUUACAGCACCAACACUUACAGUUACCAAACAAGAUAGUAGUAAUAAUCUAGAAAAAGAAUUGCUCUUGCAAAGAGAGAGAGAGGAUCGCGAAAGAAUGGAUAGAGAAAGAGAAAGGUUAGAAAAGGAACGAUUCGAUCGACUAGAACGUGAACGUUGGGAGAGAGAAUACCAAGAACGUGAAAAAGAACGUCUUGAACAAUUAGAAAUUGAUCAACGUCUUGAAAGAGAAGAACGUGAAAGACUACAACAACAUCAACAACAUCAACAACAAUUAUUAUUACAACAACAACAACAACAACUAUUACAACAACAACAAUUAUUACAAGAACAACAACAACAACAUACUAUUUCUUCUACAAGUACAAAGAAAGAAAAAGAAAAAGAAAAAGAUGAAAAAGGCAAGACUAUAAAACUUGGAUUUUUAACAAAGUUGGUGCCAAAGGGAAAGAAGCGUAGUCCUAUCCCACCAUUUGGUGAGGGUGUAGUGUCUGUCCCUAACAGUCCCGCGUCAGUAUCACCAAGUGCUACUACUCCACCUUUGUUGAGUAGUUCUAUUGAUAAUAAUAACAGUAAUAGUAAUACGGGGUAUAGUACACCAGCAUCAAUAUCAAGUGUUACACCAACAAACAAUGGAUCGACAGAGAACCUUACACCUAUCAAGCUAUCACAAUCAGUUCCAAUUUCACCUUUGAAUAUGGGGUCUCCCAAGAUCGAGCCUACUCCUGCUAUCAACGUUCCAACUCAUUCUUCAACAUCUGCACUUGAAGGAAACAAUAAUAAUAAUCUUAACAAUAAUAAUAAUAUAUUACCAGAAUCACCAUCAAGACAAUACUUGCGUAAAAAGACUGAACGUUCAUUGGCAGUUGGUUUAGUAACUGGUAAACAUUCUCAAUCUCAACAAUCAUCACAAUCACCUGUACAACAGGCAUCAUCGUCAUCAUCGUCUGCAAUGUCACAACUUAAUUUAUCGUCAUCUUCAACUACUCCAUUUGACAGUCCGGUACAAUCACGUAAUAAUAGUACUGUAUCAUCAUCAAAUAGUAAUAGUAUAAAUACUAUUCAACAACAACAACAAUUACAAUUACAACAACAACAAACCAAAGUAAAUCAAACAAGUCAAAAUAUUUUAAAUUAUAUAUUAUCUCAACAAUCAAAUAAUCCAAAUAAUAAUACUACUACUACACCUCUAGAUCAAUCAAAGAUGAUUGAACGUAUUGCAAUGAUGAUUAAUGAAUCAUUACCAAGUAUGAUGGUAUCAUCACCACUUUUACAAUCAUCUACGUCGACUUCGUCGAGUGAAUCAGUAUCAGACGGUGGCAUUGAAAUUCAAGAUGACUCGAAAGUUGGUUGGAACUAUCAAGAAAAAGGGAAAGAAUGUGUUGACUGGAUCGACGUCUGGUUCGACCACUACCGACGAAGACACUGCUCAGUUGUUGAUUACAACGGCCAGUCAGUUUGUAGAAGAGACGGUCGUGUUGGUCAACAAUGCCUACGAGUUGGCCAUCAUGAUCAACAACAAUGUACAGAGUUUGGCACAUUUGACAAACGACCAACUCAACGGCGAGGUCAAACAAGUGUACCAUCUACUCAAUAG